AUGGACCAUCCACCCCAGGUCGUGGAUGUUCAGAUCCUCAUCAAUGAGGCAAGGACACUUGUCUCGCAGCUUUAUGAUCCAGCGAACACGGGAAACCCCACCAAGAUCAAAGUUAUCCAGGAACAUCUCCAAACCCUGCAGAAGGGGCCGCAUGCCUGGGUCAUAGCUAAUAGACUUCUUGCCGAUGAGAGCACCGAUCUAAGAUUCUUUGGCGCUCUGACUUUCACGGUCAAGGUCAACCACGACUGGCAACAAUUGUCAUCCCACGACGCUCGGGAGCUUAUUGGACGGUUGAUAGACCACUAUGUAUUUCUGGUCAACGGGGGGGAGCGUCCUCUAGUCAUACGAAAACUAGCUUCAAGUCUCGCCACAAUCUUCCUAAAGACUGGUGCCCCGUGGACUCGGGCCAUCUUGAGCCUAGGCGCCUCUCUUGCGAGUGGGAAAAAUAUCAGUGAAGAAAAUUGCCAAUCAAUAACCCUCCAAGAUGCUAUUCUCCCUGCAUUGGCCGAAAACCAGGUAAUAUCUCUACUCUAUUUUUCAAAUAUUCUUGCAGAGGAAAUCAAUCGCCUAGGCUCAGAGUCGCGUCGCAGUGGCGACGUCCAUCGCAUUUCCGAGAAUAUAAAAGAUGCUUUUCUUCUCGUGGAGUUUGUCCUGUCCCAGAUCCUGCAACAUGAUACCUCUAACAGCGGUGCCUCUAACGAGGUUCCCGGAGCUGUGGCACUCGAUUCUUACCAGUCCUGGAUCGCCGUGCGAAGUUCGUUUCAGCUGCAUGAUACGAUCACUGCAGCGCAGUUGAUACCCUCAACGAACUGUGUAAUACAGAGCCUUGCCAUACCAUCCUUGUCUAGAACAGCUGCGCGCAUUCUUACUGAAGCCAUGGGAUGGCGUGACAGUAUGUUGACGCCAGAACAUCUUUCAGCUGUGCUGGACUACCUCAUCAGUCAUUCCGGUGCAGCACACAUUGCCUCACUCAUGGAAGGCGACUUUGAGGACGAGAACAUCGCUUUUCUAGAGCUACUGCUGGCAUUCUCAAGUUUGAGGCAGACGCAGCUACUGACCCACUCUUUAGACGACAAGCACGAGAAACUUGUUGCUUUGCUCCAUACUUUAUUCAAGGCGCCUGGUUAUGCAGCAGUAGAUGAUUCUGCGGCACCUCUCAUUCUCGAAUGGUGGACUAGUGCUGCCGAUGACCUCCAAGACAAUUUGCUUGAAUCCGAAGAACAACAUGGCCUUGAAUCCGCAAAGCAGAAUCUCGCCCGUGUCACACUCGAUUGCUUCGAGAAGCUCAAGUACCCAAUGCCGGAGGAGCUACGAGAGUGGAGCGACGACGAGCGAGCCGAAUUCGGUUCAUUCCGCCGUGAUGUUUGCGAUUUUCUCCUUGCCAUUUACCCUAUAUUGGGAGUGGAAUUGGUGCACGUGUUCCAAGCACAAGCGAGAAAUUCUCUCAUAAGUCAAGACUGGAGAACAUUUGAGGCUGCUAUUUUCUGUGUUGCCCAACUCUCGGAGGCCGUGGACGAGAAUCAGCACGCCGACGACUGCCUGAAUUCGAUCUUUUUCUGCGAUGAGUUCUCCCGUCUAUGCGAAGGGGACGGCAUUAUAAUCCCUGACAAACCCCGCCAAACUCUGGUCGACAUGCUAGGGAAAUACCAAUCAUAUUUUGAGCGCACUCAUGCUCUACUGCCACGAGUGCUCACCUUCUUGUUCUCGUCAUUGGAUGUUGCAUCAUGUGCUCCCACUGCCUCAAAAUCAAUAUCCCACCUCUGCAAAUCAUGCCGCAACGCUCUCAAAUUUGAACUUCCUGCCUUCAUCGGCCAAUUUGAACAGUUUCGCUUCAGACCCACGGCCACCACCCAAACCAUGGAAAAAGUGUUAGAAGGAAUUGCUGCUAUAAUACAGAUUCUUCCUUCCGAUGAGGAAAAAGCACCCUUCCUUGAACGGAUUCUCAAAUUCUUUCAUGAGCAGGCAGGUCUUGCUCGAAAUGAGGCUGCGCAAGGGUCAGUUGAACCUGCUCGCAACCGCGGCCACAUGGUCCUUCGUUGCUUAGCGAGCAUUGGACGGGGGCUAAGGGCAGAUGGGGAAGUCAUCCUGGACUCCGGCCAUGGGAAGGACGAGGACCCCUAUCCGCCCACCUUUUGGAAUUCAGGUGACGGCGCUGUGUCGCAAAACCUGAUAAUGCAAUGCAUGCGACUUCUCAUGACGGACUUCCCAUUUGAUGUCGCAAUAAUCGAAGCCACCUGCGACAUUCUGAAGGCCGGGUUCACUGAGAGCACUGGUCCUUAUGUCUUCCCACCUCGAAUGACCGUUGACUUUGUGAAAAGCAUUCCUUUGGGUACUGCUGGCACCGAUAUGGUGAUGGGUACAGCGUCUGCAUUUCUGGCCUCGCACGGCUCACAUCCACACAAAGUAUCUGACGAGACCAUCGCACUUAUUCUCCGUGUGUAUGACACGUUCUGCUGGGUGCAAGAAAAGCCGGAGCUAUACGAUCCAGAAAUUGCAAACAGCGGCAUCGACUUUCUUACUCGCUUACUCCCCAAGUAUUACCCAUACCUUUUCGCACUUACAUACACACCUCAAGGGGCUGAACACAGACCUACCGUUAUCCACGCAAUCUCAAACUUCACACUCCUCUCACUGCAAGGCCCAGAACCCAUUCCUCUUCGCUCAGCUUCUCAGUUCUGGGUGAGCGUCUUAAAUCUUCCUACUGACGCUGAGGCUGUACAAAAUACCAUUCGCGAAUGCUUGCCAACGCUUUGCCGCAUACUCAUUACGCAAGUUGCGGGUCGGUGUGCGCGGUCGGACCUUGAGCAUCUCACGGAUGUCCUCAGACGGGUUGUCUUCAAGCAGCAGGGCAAUGCACGCCCCCAUCUCACCGCCGCGCUGGCCGACAUAGGGAAUGACCAUACCGGACAAGAACAUGCUCAUGUCCCAUCGCCAGAAGAAAGACAGCGCUUCCUGUCGUCUUUGUUUGCAGCAAGGGGCGUCAGAACGCAGACGCUCCAAUUGGUACGCGCUUUCUGGGUCAAGUGCCGUGGUGCCGGCUUCGAUUAUAUUGGGUAG